AGUAAGCAACGCUAUUCCAAGGCUUAAACCUGCUGACACUGUUUAUUUAAACGGCCGCAUAUUUUGUGAAAACUCUGAAAAAAAAUCAACAUUUCAACACUCUUUUGAGAAGUAAGAGUAGAAGGACAGUGACUUUAAAAUGAGUCUCCACGUCAAGAUAGAAGAUGAGGACACUGCCUUCAGAAUGAGUUCUCCAUCUCCUGGAUCCAGCUGUGUGUCUAUGAAGAGUGAUAAAUCCAUGAAGGAUUAUCCUAAAUUCAGGGAUGGAACAGUGACCCCUGACCCCAGCAGACAGAGAUCAAAGUCUCCAGAACCCAGCGUUUUGUCUGUGAAGACUCUCAUAUUCAUGGAUUAUCCCCCUGACUUCAGUGAUGGACCAGUGACCUCUAACCUCAUGAUGGAUGACACACAAGCAACCCUGCUGGUUGAGAAUGGAGACCAAAUAGAGGAUGAUGAACUAAAGAGAGUCAAAGCUCAACACAAAUCUAGCAUGAAGAUCAAAUAUGACAGAUUAUUUGAUGGACUGAAACUCCAAGAGAAUCAAACCUUCCUGAACAGGAUCUACACACAGCUCUACAUCAUAGAGGGUGAGAGUGAAGGAGUGAAUGAAGAACAUGAGGUUUUACAGAUGGAGAAAACAGCCAGAACACAACACUCACAAGACACUCAAAUCUACUGCAAUGACAUCUUUAAAGCCUCACCUGAACCAGGAUGUGUGGACCAAAUCAAGACUGUUCUUACUAAAGGUAUUGCUGGAAUCGGAAAAACCGUCUCUGUGCAGAAGUUCAUUCUAGACUGGGCCGAGGGAAAAGCCAAUCAGGAUAUAGAUUUUAUGUUUGUGCUUUCAUUUCGAGAGCUGAACUUGAUCCGAGAUCAUCACUACAGUCUUCAAAGACUUCUGCAAGACUUUUAUCCUGAACUUCAAGAUCUGGACUCAAAGAUUUACGAGGAGUGUAAAGUUGUGUUCAUCUUUGAUGGCCUGGAUGAAAGCAGAAUGACACUGAUGUUUUCAGAUGCUCAGAAAGUUUCUGAUGUGACUGAGACUUCAUCAGUGGAUGUGUUGAUGUCAAACAUCAUGAAAGGAGAGCUGCUUCCCUCUGCUCUCAUCUGGAUCACCUCCAGACCAGCAGCAGCCAAUCAGAUCCCCUCCAAAUACAUCAACCGUCUGACAGAAAUUCAGGGAUUCAGUGAGCCUCAGAAGGAGGAAUAUUUCAGGAAGAGAAUCAGUGAUGAGCAUCAAGCCAGCAGAAUCAUCUCACACAUCAGAAGAGCAAGAAGCCUCCACAUCAUGUGCCACAUACCCGUCUUCUGCUGGAUCUCAUCCACUGUGCUUCAAAAGCUCCUGAAAGAAGAUCUGAGUGCAGAAAUCCCUCUAACUCUGACUGAAAUGUACAUCCACUUCCUGCUGAUUCAGAUCAAUAUGAGGAGUAAGAAGUAUGAAGAAAGAGAUCCAGAGAAACUCUUGCAGUCCAACAGAGAAGUGAUUGUGAAACUUGCUGAAGUGGCUUUCAAACAGCUGAUGAAGGGCAAUGUGAUGUUCUAUGAGGAUGACCUGAGAGAGAGUGGCAUAGAUGUCACUGAUGCCUCAGUGUAUUCUGGGAUUUGCACUGAGAUCUUUAAGGAGGAAUCUGUGAUUCAUCAAAGGAAAGUCUACAGCUUCAUUCAUCUGAGCGUCCAGGAGUUUCUUGCUGCUUUCUAUGUGUUUUACUACCAUGUACAUGUAACUAUGGAGGAACUGAAGAAUUUUGCUUCAGUACAUAAUUUGCUUAAAAGUGCAGUAGAUAAAGCUCUUGAGACUGAGAGUGGACAGCUGGAUCUGUUUCUGCGGUUCUUGCUGGGCAUCUCACUGGAGUCCAAUCAAAGACUCUUACAGGAUCUACUGACACACAAAGAAAACUGCUCAGAGAGCAUCAGGAGAACCACACAGUACAUUAAAGAGAAGAUCAAAGAUGGACAUGGACUCUCCACUGAAAGAUCCAUCAAUCUAUUCCUCUGUCUGCUGGAAGUGAAAGAUCAGACUCUGUCCAGAGAGAUUCAGGAGUUUGUGAAAUCGGACAAAGACUCAGAGAAGAAAGUCUCUCCUUCUCACUGCUCAACAAUUGCCUACAUACUUCAGAUGUCAGAGGAGGAGCUGGAUGAGCUGGACCUCAAGAAAUACAACACAUCAGAUGAGGGGAGAAGAAGACUGAUGCCAGCAGUCAUCAACUGCAGAAAAGCACUUUUUGCUGGCUGUAAUAUCACUGUUAAGUCCUGUGAAAUUAUAUCAUCAGCUCUACAGUCCUCAGAUUGUGUCCUGAGAGAGCUAGACCUGAGUAACAAUGACCUGCAGGAUUCAGGAGUGAAGCUGCUCUUUGAUGGACUGAAGAGUCCAAACUGUCAGCUGGAGAUACUGAGGUUAUCUGGCUGUAUGAUGACAGAGGAAGGCUGUGGUUAUGUGUCUUCAGCUCUGGAGUCAAACCCCUCACACCUGAGAGAGCUGGAUCUGAGCUACAAUCACCCAGGAGAUUCAGGAGUCCAGCUGCUCAGUGACAAACUGAAGGAUCCAAACUACAAACUGGACAUGCUCAGAUUGGAUCAUGGAGGAUAUUCCAGGAUCAUACCAGGACUGCAAAAAUAUGCCUGUGAUCUCACACUGGAUCCAAACACAGCACAUACUCGGCUCAUCCUGUCUGAAGGGAACAAAACAGCAACUCAUGUGAAAGAGCAUCAGCCGUAUCCUGAUCAUCCAGAGAGAUUUAAGAACCAUGAGCAGGUUCUGAGUAAAGAAAGUCUGACUGGACGCUGUUACUGGGAGGUUGAAUGGAGUAGAUGGGCAUAUAUAGCAGUGACAUAUAAAGGACUCAGCAGGAAAGAAGGCGGUAAUAGUCGGUUUGGUUUCAAUGAAAAGUCCUGGAAUAUUUACUGUUGUGAUAAUAUUUACUCUGUCUGGCACAAGAAUAAGAGCACAAACAUUCCUUCCCCUUCAUCCCCAUCUAAUCGAUUAGGAGUGUAUCUGGACUGGUCUGCCGGCACUCUGUCCUACUACAGCAUCUCUGACACACACACAUCCACACACUUACACACAAUCAACACCACAUUCACUGAACCCCUCUAUGCUGGAUUUACAGUUCCUUAUGGUUAUUCAGUGUCUCUGUGUCAGAUUUAAACACCUCCUGGGAGGAACCACAGAGGCACAUGAUCAGAGAUCUGAUUGUCUGUCAUUUUGCUAAUAUGAAUGAAUUUCUGAGUGCUUUAGAAUAAUUUUUUGAAGGUGUAUGUCAUUUUACGAGCUCUGUAUAGAACUGUCAUUCAUAAUGUGCAGUUUUAAUUGACUAUGUCAUGAGUAAUGCCUGUUACAUUUGAGGUAAUUAGGACAUAUUGUAUUUUAACAAAUGCAGGGGUUUUGUUUUUAUUGAAAUGGCAAAAUAAAGUUCCAUAAUUUUUAACUUUUG